ACAUUGUAAGAAACUACCAAACUGUUUUCCUAAGUGGUUGUACCAUUUUACAAUGCCUUAAGCAAUGGAGGGAUUUAGUUAUUCCAAUUCCUUGCCAAAACAUGUAUUGCUAUAGUCUUUUAGAAUUUUAGCUAUUGUAGUGGGCAUGCAUAGGUAUCUCAUUGUGGUUUCCAUUUACAUUUUCCCAAUGUAUCUGUUCAUAUCUUUUUCCAUUUUUCUAAUGGGCUAAUUAUCUUACUGUAAGAGAUAUUCUAGAUCCAAGUCAUUUGUCACAAUAUUUUGACUAUUUUCUUAGUCUAUAGCUUACAUUUUCAUUUUCUUAACUGUCCUUUUAGGGAGAAGUGUGUGUUUUUCAGUGAAGUCAAAUGUAUCAAUUUAUGUGUGUGUGCCUUGCCUAAGAAAUGUUUGCUUACUGUAGUGGGUUGACUAGUGUCCCCACAAAAUUCAGGUCCACCUGGAACCUUAGAAUGUGACCUUAUUUGGAAUAAUCUGGAAAAUUGGUUGUUUGCAGAUAUAAUUAAGAUAAGGUCAUAGUAGGUGAGGGUGAGCUAUAAAUCCAAUGACUGGUGUUCUUAUAUUAAUAAUAAGAGAAGAGACAUCACAAGAAGGACAUAUGAAGAAAGAGGUAGAGACUGACCUUACACUGCCAUAAACCAAGGAGUGUCAGGAGCCAGCAGAAGCUGGAAAAGGCAAGAAAGGAUUCUCCUCUAGAGCCGUCAAAGGGAAGAUGGUUCUGCUGACUUCUGGCCUUUGGAACUAUGAGAGAAUAAAUUUCUGUUGUUUUAAGCAACUCAGUUUAAAUUUACCACCAGUGGUAAUUUGUUAUGGAAACUAAUAUACCUGCUCAAGAUUGCAAAGAUUUUCUUCUAGAAAUUUCAGUUUUACUUCAGCAUUUAGUCCCAUGAUCCAUUUUAAGUUUAUUUUUGUGUAUGGUGUGAAGUCAAGGUUAAUUUUUCCCCCAUGGAUAUAUUACUUUACAGCAUCAUUUUCAGAAGACUAUCUCCCAUUGAAUUACCUUGUACUUUUGUUGCAAAUCAGUUGACCAAAAAUGUGUGGGUCUUUUUCUGGACUCUUUUCUGUCCUACUGAUUUACAGGACAAUCCUUAUAUUAAUACAACACUGUAUUUCUGUACUUUUAUAGCAAGUCUUAAAAUCAGUGUAGAUCCUCCAGCUUUGUUAAAAAAUUAUUUUGACUCUAUUAGGCACUUGCAAUUUUAUAUAAGUUAUAGAAUCAGCAUGCCAAUUUCUACAGAAAAACUUCCUAAGUCUUCCAAUCUAUGGUGUAUCUUGUUAAUUUAGGUUUUUUAAAAUUUCUGUUACAUUUUAAAAUUUUAGAAUACUGUGCUUGCAUGUGCUUUGUCAAGUUUACCCUUGUUUCUUAUUUUCAGUGUUAUUAUAAAUGAUGUAUUUCCUUUCCCAAUUGUCUAUUGGUAGUAUAUAGAAGUACAAUUUUUAUUUAUUAAUGUACAACCUUGAUUUAGUUGCUUUUACUGUAGGGUCCUUAGAUUUUUCUAAAUAUGUGAUUAUAUCACCCAUGUAUAAAGAGAGUUUUAUUUCCUUCUUUCCAAUUUAUAUGCCUUUUAUUUCUUGUCAUUACCUUAUUGUGCUGGCUAGGACCUCCAAUAAUAUGUGAGUAGGAGUGGAGAGUAGACAUCACAUUGUUCCUGAUACUGGGGAAAAUGGCCACUUUUUCACUAAGCAUCAGAACUUACAUGGCAUUUUGGUAUAACAAAAUGAAAUGCAGAAAACCCAAAGGAACAUAAUUGAAGGCACUAAAACCAAAAUAAAAUAGGAAGAUCAUCAGUCAAGACAGACAUACUGGAGAGGAUGGAAAAUAAAGUGAAGCAGUAUUUUAUCAUGUGUAUUUCAUCAGGUCAUCUUGAAAUUUAACUAAAAAUAUGACUGCUCUUUCUUCAGAGAACUACUCUUUUCAGUACCAGUUAAAUCAAACAAACCAGCUCCUAGAUAUUAACUGUCUGCUACUUUUGAUCAUACUUGGGAAAAUAUUAUUAAAUAUCCUCACCCUAGGAAUGAGAAGAAAAAACACCUAUCAAAAUUUUAUGGAAUAUUUUUGCAUUUCACUAGCAUUUGUCGAUCUUUUACUUUUGGUAAACAUUUCCAUUAUAUCCUAUUUCAGGGACUUUGUACUAUUGGGCAUUAGAUUUACUAAAUACCACAUCUGCCUAUUUACUCAAAUUAUUUCCUUUACUUAUGGCUUUUUGCCUUAUCCAGUUUUCCUGAUAGCUUUUAUAGAUUAUUACCUGAAUUUCUCUAAAACCACCAAGCUUUCAUUUAAGUGUCAAAAGUUAUUUUAUUUCUUUAUAAUAAUAUUACUUUGGAUUUCAGUCCUUGCUUAUGUUUUGGGAGAUCCAGCUAUCUACCAAAGCCUGAAGGCAAAGAAUAUUCAUUCUUAUCAAUGCCCUUUCUAUGUUAGCAUUCAGAGUUACUGGCUGUCAUUUUCCAUGAUGAUGAUUCUAUCUGUGGCUUUUAUAACCUCUUGGUCAGAAGUUAUUACCUUGGUACAGGCUAUUAGAAUAACUUCCUAUAUGAAUGAGACUAUCUUGUAUUUUCCUUUUUUAUCCCAAUCUAGUUAUACAAUGAGCUCUAAAAAAAUCCUCUUGUCUAAGCUCAUUGUCUGUUUCCUUGGUACCUGGUUACCAUUUGUACUACUUCAGAUAAUUAUUCUUUUAUUUAAAGUACAGAUUCCAGCAUAUAUUGAGAUGAAUAUUCCCUGGUUGUACUUUGUCAAUAGUUUCCUCGUAGCUACAGUUUAUUGGUUUAAUUGUCACAAGCUUAAUUUAAGAGACAUCGCAUUACCUGUGGAUCCAUUUGUCAACUGGAAGUGCUGCUUCAUUCCACUUAUAAUUCCCAAUCUUGGGCAAAUUGAAAAGCCCAUAUCAAUAAUAAUUUGUUAAUAUGUUGUCAUAUUAAAACUAAUUAAAACAACUAUAAUAAGAAUCGUGA